AUGUCGUUGCUUCCCGAGCAUAUUCGAAUCAAAAGGAGGAGAGAGGAGGAACCUGUUGAGACUCUGUAUAUUCAGUCUCAGACUCAUCAACCCAAACGGCGGUUCACGGACUUCUGCUUUCAGCGUGUUGUGCGAAGGCCAGAUAAAGGGGGAGCUUCUCCAAGGGAGAAUAUCAAAGGCCCCAGGUCAGCAAGUACGUCUAAUAUCAGUCAUGGGGUGCCGGCUGUACGAGCUACGGCUCCAGGAUCGGAGCUCAAAACCAGGCAAAUUAUGUCCAAGAAGGAAGGUUCUUUGGGCAAAAAACUUUUGCCUCCAUUAUCACCGGCGUCAUCAGUCUUGCGAGCCUCACCUGCUACAAAACCGUUUGUUUCUCCGGUGAGAAAUCGCUCUGGGUCCUCUUCGGUCAUAAGUUCGCCUUCCUCCGCUCUACGUCGGUUUCAUAUAACCGCUCCAAGUGGAGAUUUUGCGAGCCCCUCCCAAAAGCUUCUGCACAAGGUCUCGGGAGGCGUACUUAAGAAUAGAGGCGAUCGGGUAAAGAGCAGGGCUGUAGUCAUUGAAAAAAGAUCUCAUCAAGUAGAUGAUGCGAGGGCAUCGAUUGUAUUGGAUGACCUAGCAAGCAAGAUAGAGGAAGUGAAAGUCAGUGGCGACCAUCAGGAGACACAACUUACAGCUCCUAAGAACGUCACAAAGCCAACUGUCGCGUCCGAAAAGUCAACGAUUUUUGUUAAUAUAAGAAAACGUCCUGUUGUCAACGAUGCUGAAAAGCGAUGGAGGGAGGAAUCGAAAGCAUCCCGAUAUCUCGAUCGAGCGCAACAAGCUCGAGAUAAAGCCCAGAAUACGAAAAGUGCUCAGUCCAUACAUGAAGAUCCAAGCUUAUGGGACCAUGAUUCUGAUCAACUUGCAACGGAGCUGGCAGAGCUUGCCCGCGAAUUAACUAAUGCCACCGAAAUGCCUGAAGUUUCUCCGAAGCCUGCUCCACAAACUCCACCAAGAAAACCAGGCCGGUUCGUUGGAAUUUCCCCGAACAAACCGGUUCUUAGAUACCCCCCACGAGUUCCGAAGUUGACCGGUGAUUCACCUGGGACAUCAGGCACGCGCUUUGACGGAGCAGGUGACGAUGGUGACACAGCAAAUGCCAAAGAUGGUAGACUAUCUGCCGAUUCUUCAAGGCUUGGGCAACCAAACCAACACGAUGAGGUAGAUGUCAAUCGCCAAAGCUUUAUCCCACCAGCGAAAAAACAGAUUGCGACAUUUGAAACAGCUAGCGACCAUGAUAGUGAUGAUGACAGUGAUGACAGCUACGUUUACGAUGAGUUUAUCAGGCGCCCCAUUGAGGAAAUUACUGCUGGUCCACACACUGCCCACCUUCUUAACGGCGAGUGGGUUAGUGAAAACGGAGGCCCGCCGAGAGACAUUGGAGUAGUAGUAAUUACGGAGGAAGAUCUUCAUUUCUGGGAAUCCUUUGCAGAAUCGGACGAGGAAGGGAAAGGGUGGGAUUCGGAAGAUGAAGAUUCUAAUGCUGAGGAUAAUCCGGCAAAUGAAUACCCUGACGAGGAACUUGAAUUCGACGAUCAAUUCGAUAACACCAAUACCGCGUACAGGAAUUAUCGCCGCAAUGCGUCCGAUGACGAGGAGUUUGAUGCAGACUAUGACAAAUAUGAGUAUGGAUGUGGUGCUUCCAAUGGCGCUUACUCUGAUGACGAUUACUAG